GCGCCCAGUACUGCUGCGAUUUCAAAAGCAUCUUUUUGCUGUGUCUUUUGCUGUCGUUGUAUCGCACUUGGCGUUGUUGCUUUCGGCAGUCUUCUUCGGCAGUCUACCUAGACCACAGCGUCUCGCGUCUCGCCCUCCCUUUUGAUAAUCGCGCGCCAUCCGCCCCGCAGGACGAGAAUAGGAGCUUUACGUGGCUGCCUUAGUUGUCAUAAGAGCCGCGUUCGACCGGAGUUUCUCCGCCUCCCUUAAAUUUCAGUUGAAAUUUGAAUGCUCUUGAGUCCCCUCCAGUUUUCAGCGUUCGACUCGGCCGGAGCCGGCAUUUCUUUUCGCCCGUUCACUUGGGAUUCUCUUUCGGCUGCAUUCUCCUGUUCCGGCGGGACUUGCCGAAGCUCGUCUCCUCGUGUCUUGGAACACGGUUCCUGAGGUCGCUUGAGUUCCACAGCGUCAAGGCAUCUUCGGAACAAUCGCUGUUCGGAUCCUGAUUCCGACACGAACCUGCUUCCAACCAUUUCGGUUUGUCGGGUGCCACCGUGGACAUCUUGAAUAUUCAACUGUUCUGGCGUUCUUGCACUGCGCUUGCACUGGCGUGAUCGUUUCUGAACCAAGCGAACCAAGCGAUCGUCAAUAUUCUCCUUCUACUUGCAAUUUACAGAGCUGCGGCCCCUGAUAACUUCUCUGCAUUUCCCUUGACGUUGGUUCCUGUUUGGCAGAGCGCUAGCUUUAGUCGACGGUCUGAUACAUCAACCUCGUUCUUUGAGCCUUUUCUUACAAUAAGCAACGAUGGCUGAAUAUACCGCUACUGGUCCCCCGGGCGCUACUGCGAAUGGCCCAAAUAUGAAUGGUUCUAGCGAUAGUUUCGCGCCGGCUGCUCCGAUUACUGCCUCGAACGAGGCACCAAAGACUCUCUGGAUGGGCGAGAUGGAAGGCUGGAUGGACGAGAACUUCAUUAAGAAUGUUUUCCAGACUGUCCUAGCCGAGAAUGUCCAAGUCAAAGUCAUUCGCGAUCGUCACUCCGGCAACGCUGGCUAUUGCUUCAUCGAAUUUGGGACUCCGGAAGCUGCCCAGAAGGCACUUAGUCUAAACGGCACCCCGGUGCCGAACUCGACCCGUGUCUUUAAGCUAAACUGGGCGUCUGGUGGUGGCCUAGUCGAUCGUCGGGACGACCGUGGUCCUGAAUAUAGUAUUUUUGUUGGAGACCUUGGUCCUGAGGUUAACGAGUUUGUACUCGUGUCCCUCUUCCAGUCGCGCUUCCCUUCCUGCAAGUCAGCCAAGAUCAUGACCGACGCCAUGACGGGUCAGUCCCGCGGUUACGGCUUCGUCCGCUUCAGUGAUGAAGCGGACCAGCAGCGCGCCCUGGUCGAGAUGCAGGGAGUUUACUGCGGCAACCGCCCGAUGCGUAUCUCUACUGCGACCCCGAAGACACGCUCCCACCAGUACGGUGGUGCCCAUGGCCAAGGCGCCAAUCCGAUGAUCCCUCCUGUUCCCGGCCACCCGGGCCCUAUGUGGGGAGCCCCCGCCUACUAUGGUCAGGGCGCUGCAUUUAACCCGAUGCAGCCCAUGAACCAGUUCACGGAUCCCAACAACACCACUGUUUUUGUCGGCGGCCUCUCGGGCUACGUGACCGAGGAUGAGCUCCGCUCCUUCUUCCAGGGAUUCGGCGAGAUCACCUACGUCAAGAUCCCGCCUGGAAAGGGAUGCGGCUUCGUGCAGUUUGUUCAUCGCCAUGCAGCGGAGAUGGCGAUUAACCAAAUGCAAGGUUAUCCCAUCGGCAAUUCGCGUGUCCGUCUCUCUUGGGGUCGGUCUCAAAAUAACUCUGGCGUCGGCACCCCUUACCGCCCGGCACCCCCGCCGCCUCACUACAUGGGCGGCAUGCCCCCUCAUGGCGGCCCUCCUGGUCCUGCCGGUCCUUAUGGCGGCCCCCCGUUCGGCGGUAACCCUCCUCAGGGCCCCCCUCCUGGUCCCAUGCCCUAAGUCUCGUUCUGGGCUCGCUAUUCUCGUCGUUCCUCGUCGCACGGAGUUCGGGGGGCGGUGUCACGGUCUCGGAAAAGCAUCAACGGUUGACAGUUUUCGAACUUGCCUGCGCUUCUUCCCCGUCUUGGGACCUCGUUCGGUUUUCACCAUCUCGUUGCUUUGUCUUUUCUGGGGCAUUGCUCGGCGUUUCCGGUUCCCGCUGUGCGUCUCUGCUUGACUUUUCGCGCCUGGCAUGCUCUCUCAUGACGAGUCCCAUGAGGAACGGAUAGGGAAUGAUGGAUGGUUGAGGAAGGGUCGUUGUUCUCCCGUGGUUUUCCGUUGAUUUUCUUUUCUUUUUCAUCUACUGUGCUGCUACUCUUUUGAGACGUUUGCCCUCUUCACUUUCGUUUCGUUUGUCCGUCACCCGCGCGGCUCAAGAUUUACGGUCUACCAUGCCGGGUCAGCGCUCAGGGAGAUCGUCAGGAGGGAAGCCUGUCGGAUUGGGAUCUAGGCCAUCCGAUUGGUUUGAAACUCUUAGCGAGGACGAGGAAGUUGUCUUCUUUGAAUGAUGGUUUUCUCGGGGAUAUCUAGACACGGUUGAUUGGUGAUGCUUUAAGCUGCCUUCCCACCGUUCUUGGGUCCUGCUCUGGUUCUGGUGCAACCUCGUUUUAUGGCUGGUAUUAGGGGACGAUUAUUUUACUGGUUUCCGCAAUGCUAUUGUGUCAUC